AUGGAGAGUCAAAGUGUGAGUUCGAGUAAUCUGGCUCUAAGCACCAAUGUCAAUGUUACUGAUAUGAAAGACGGAGAUAAUCAAACUCAAGAAAGCUCGAAAAACACAAAUGUUUCACAAAAAAGCAACCCCAAAAAGAGGAAGGAUAGGAGCAUUGCUUGGAAUCAUUGUGAAAGGACCAUUAUUCAGGAUGAUGAAGGAAAUGAGGAGAUGUUUGCUAUUUGCAAACAUUGUGAAUUACAAAUGCCGGCCGAUUCGAAAAGGAAUGGAACGAGAGGCCUUCUCAAUCAUUUAUAUUAUAGGUGUGAGAAAUAUCCUCUUCGUGUUGUGAUGGACAAGAGCCAACCCACUUUAACUCAGUCGAUGAUGGGAGGUGAAGUAAAAAUUUCCGACUUCAACCAAAAAAGACUCGACAUGAUGUGUGUGAAGUGGAUUGUCAAAGCGGAGAUGCCUUUUCGAACCGUUGAGCAACCGGACUUCAAAGAAUUUAUUCAUGACCUUCAACCUCGUUAUAAGAUUCCUAAUCGGAGGAAGAUUGCGAAGGAUGGCGAAGACAUAGGAAGGUGUCUCGAAGAGAAGUUGGUUGAAUGGGGCAUAAGUAAGGUGUUCACCAUUACCGUAGAUAAUGCAAGUUCCAAUGAUGUGGCCGUUGAGUAUUUGAAGAAGCAACUCCGAAAGCAUGAUAGUCUUAUGCUUGAUGAAAACUUGCAUAUGAGGUGUGCUUGUCACAUUAUUAACUUGAUUGUAAAGGAUGGGAUGAAAGAGUUAGUAGAUUCCAUUGAAGCCAUCCGAAAUUGUGUGAAGUAUAUUCACUCUUCUAGUGCAAGGUUGGAUAAGUUUCGAGAGUAUGCGGUCUUAGAGAAGAAGGACAAAAUGUCAACUAUCCCGAUGGAUGUUGUGACUCGGUGGAAUGCCACGUACAUCAUGCUUCAUGGUGCUUACAAGUUUAAAGGUGUAUUCGCAAGGUUGGUGGAAGAAUUUACGCCAUUUAAGUCAUACUUUGAAGAGGGAAGAGUGGGGCCUCCAAGUGAUGAAGAUUGGGAAAAAGCAAUGGGAUUUGCACAUUUCCUCAAGAAGUUCUAUGAUGCCACCGUGAAGCUUAGUGCCACUAAGACUCCGACCUCUCAUCUUGUUCUAAAAAUCUUGAUAAACUUGAAGAUUGAGAUUGAGGCUAGAAUUAGAGAUAAGAAAAAUAUUGUGUUGCAAAAUGUGGCUACUUCCAUGAAGAGGAAGUUUGAUAAAUAUUGGGGCUCUUUCGAAGAUAUGAACAUAUUAAUGUUUGUAGCUCAAACCCUUGAUCCAAGAUAUAAGUUUCAAUUGAUGGAGUUGCAAUUAGGGGAGCUUGGCUACUCUCUUAAUGAAGUUGAGCACCUCAAGAGUCGGGUGAAAGCACAUUUGUAUCUUAUGUAUGAAACUUAUAAGGGAUCGGAAAAGCCACAUGUGAAUGUGCAUGAGGAUGGGGAUGAUGGUGUUGAUCUUGGUGAUGAUGAUGAUAUUGAUGAUGAUGAUGUGGAAUUGAGGAUAGAGCGGAGACUUAAUAGGCAAAGAAAGGAAGCAAAACUCAAAGAGAUAGCCAAUGAAGUUGAUAAGUACUUUAAUGAUGCAUAUGAAAGUACAAAGAAUGAUGAUUUCGACUUAUUAAGGUGGUGGAAAAGUAAAAUCUCAAGCUACUCUAUUCUUUCCAAGAUUGCUAAGGAUGUACUUGCUUUUCCUAGUUCGACCGUUGCUAGUGAAUAUGCAUUUAGCCUUGGAGGAAGGAUUGUGGAUCCGUUUAGAGCUUCUUUGACAUCUAGGAUGGUCGAGGCCUUAGUUUGCACAAAUGAUUGGCUUAGAGGAGAGGAAUUUCAAUUUCACAAGGAGCCUACGGAAGAAGAGCUUGAGUUCUACAUGGAACUCGAACAAUUGGAACAAAGUAUUCCCAAUACAAAUGAAAUGCCACCACCUCGAUCUAAAAGUGCAAAUCCACCCGAGUCCGGAGUUAAUAAAUUAUCAUCCCAUCCAUCUCGAGGGGGAAAAGGGGGAAGGGGUUGUCGAUCAAAUCGUGGUGGCCGUGGCGGUGGUGCUACAUCAUCGAGCAAAUUAAUUGAUGAGGAGUAG